CACAUUCCGCAGCCCGUGCCAUAUUUUGAUGCCGACUUCACGUCACAUGACCGACCGGCCGGCUAUCAAACAGCCAACAUUCACUCGCUGACAGUCGCGCGCUAAUCUUGCACCUUACCUAUUUCGUAUUUCUACACUUGCCUACAUGCAGUUAAGUGUUAUUUUGUACGUAAAUAAUCGUGUCUGUUCAAUGAAAAUGGAUUGCAAGGACCUCACUUAAGUGCUUUUAGUGUGUGAGUGUUAAAUCCCGCUGAAUCGGGAAGAAUGUGAGUGAUAACAAAUUGUUGUUGUUGUUUACGUGAUCAAGUGCUAAGACACACAUUUUACUGAUAUUUGUGUCCAAGUGGUUAUGGAUAUUAUGGAUACACAUCAUUAUUGGGAGGAAAACGGACAUGUCGUCAAGUAUGAAAAGUGAGUAGUUUCAACUCCAACGACGGGUUCACACGCGCGCCGGAACAGCUGAACUUCGCCGCCGCGCCCUCCGAAGACGAGGCCGACUACCAGAACGGGGGCUUCCUCAAGAAGGGCAAGCAAGACCCGAUGUCCCAUCGAAUCAUCGAGAAGCGGCGUCGCGACCGCAUGAACAACUGCCUGGCGGACUUAUCGCGACUCAUUCCACCGGAGUACCUUAAAAAGGGCCGUGGAAGGGUCGAGAAGACCGAGAUCAUUGAGAUGGCGAUACGACACAUCAAGUACCUGCAAGACCGGGCCAACGCUCCCGACAAGCCGGCGGGUGGCGGUGAUGCUAUGGAUCACUUCAAGGCUGGGUUCCAGGAAGCGGUGGCUGAGGCUGUCAGGUUCCUGGUGGAGGUCCAGGGCCUGGGCCCGGCCGACGGCCUGUGUGUGCAGCUCGCCUCACAUAUGCAGAGGCAUUGCGACCGUAUGACCAAAGUUGAGCCGCCGCCGCCGCAAGACACGUCACAGUCGCACUUCUCUUCAGAGAACACCAGCUCCUCGGGCAGCUCCAACAACUUCGUGGGCAAGCCUGGGGUGAUCGCGCGCGUGGCGCCGCCGCCCGAGGUGGCCAGGUACCCCGAGUCCUACGAGCCGGCAGCCCCAGAGCAGGCCUACCCGAUGGACUGCGAUCGAGGUGAGACAAGUACAGCCGUGGUGUCUGAAGACACGGAGACCCCCGCGAGCGACGAGCCGCUGCAACUGGACGUGCGACACAAGGGCGAGCCCACGCUACGUACAAUACGCAAGCCAGACUUCCCGGAUGACUUCCUGCAGUCGUACAAGUUCAAGAACUCCAUAGAGAGGAGGUUCUCGAGAUCGCAGGAUAAUGAGGUGCACGACAUGUCGAUCCGCGCCAUCGGCAUGGUCCCGCACGCGCAUGCGCACAACAAGCUGUACUCGCACAAGCGCCGGCGCCCGCCCGCCAAGCCCGUCACCUCCACGUCCACCUCCAACAGCGGGUCUACUGAGGAGGCGCAGGAUACUUCUCCUCAGGAAACGUCGAGUGAGUCGCCGCACCACCACUACGAAAAGCCCACGCCGACAGCUCCCUCGCAGUUCGUGCCUGUGUUCGCACUCAACUCUCUCGGAAAAUACUACGUGCCACUGAGCGUAGAAUACUCGUGUUUGUCCCGCUACCUGGGUCCGUACGACGUGUUGGACGCGCGCGCCGCCACGCUGGCCGCGCCGCUGCACCCCGUCACCAUCCACGUGAACUUCCAACCCUGCAUGAACUACCACGUCAAACGGGAGCGCGAACCCAACCGCGAGUGGCGCGCCAUGUGAAGUAAACUUCUAUUUGAAAAUACUGGUUUUAAAUCGCCGCUUGGCAUAAAGAAGCAGCAUACCUCUGCCCGACUUUAGGCGCCAUUUUUAAAAGUUCUUGGAUUUUUUUACUUUUAAAUUUUUAAGCCCGCCGGCCGGUCGCAAUUUGUUGAAUCAUUGUUCAAUAUUUUAAUUCAGCUGCUGUGGAGUUUAACUUUUUAUGUGCAAUUCGUAAGUUAAAAAUCCAUUUCAAUCCGCUAGAGUUUAAAUAUUGGAUUGGGAUUGCUUCUUAAUUUUCGGCCGUUAUACUAAGUUGCAGAUAAACUCUGCUGGAUUCAAUUUGCGACACAAGUACGACAGUCCUUGCAUUUUUGGUUUAGUUUUUGUAAAAUAAUCGAGCCGCAGGUGGUCGUGUUUUAUACCUCGAUUUAUAUUAUGAAGACGAACCCAAAUGAUAGUACAGUUACUUUGAAAAAAGCAUGUAUGACUGUUAAGUUACCUUAAUAUACUUUUAGAUAUUUUUAAGUAUAAUUAUUGUUAUAGACAUGUAUGAUUGUAUAUUGUAUACAAAUCAUGGAGUUGUGGGUAGGCAAGAUACCACCACACUCACGAUAUACUACCUAUGUUGUACGAAUUUACUGAAUUAAUUAAGUAAGUACUUUACAUUGUAAUUUUAUGUUACCACCGCUACUUUAUGUUUUAAAUAGAUGGCGUUAAAUUAUGGACAUCGGGUUUUAUUGUUAGUACUAAAAAAACGCAGUACUCAGCGACGUCAUUUAACGAAAUGUUCAU